CCUCAUGGACUCUCUGUUGUCCUAACGUCACCGGCUGUCUUCAGCUUCACAGCACCGAUGUGUCCAGAGCGCCACCUGGAGGCUGCAGAAAUCCUGGGUGCACAGGUACAGCAGGUGAAACGGAAGGACGCCGGCGCUGUCCUGGCUGACCAGCUGCGUCACUUCCUGUUUGAUCUGCAGGUGGAGGAUGGGCUCGGCGCCGUCGGGUACAGCAGAGAAGAUAUCCCGGCGUUGGUGAAGGGGACGCUCCCUCAG